AUGAGUUCAACAACUGUCGCUCAACAUACAACACAACCAUUAAAUUUUGGACCAGAAUGGCUUCGAGCUUUAUCAACACCUGAAUCUACAACAUCUAUUCCAUCAUCAAGUGGUAAUGGUAGUGGAAACAUAUUUAAAUUUUCAGCAACAAAAUAUCGUUAUUCAAAAGAUGAAAUCUUAGCAUUACGUUCUAAUGUAACUGAACGUUUAUCGGCAGAUGUACGAAAUGAAAUAAUGGAAAAUUUAAAAGACGUUGAAAGUAUUUUUCGUCCAAAUAUAAUUGAACCAUUAACAUUAACUACACCAACAGCCGAAGAAACGGCAAAAAUGAACUCUUUAUCAAGUUAUAUUUCUGGUCGAACACCAGGUGGUGGUGGUGGUCGAGGUGGAAGUAAUUCACAACAAUCACAACAACAACAGCAUGAUACACGAACUAAUCGUGGCGGAGGUUUAAUGCCAAAUGGACGUGGUAGUGGAUCGAGAGGCAGAGGUGGACGUGAUCAUGCGUUUGGAUCAACUCGUGGGAAUAAUAAUACGGAAGAUAAUGGAGAAACUGUAGGAGGUAGUGUCGGCGAUGAUACAUCAGGGCCAUCAUCAUCAUGGUCACGUGGUGGUUAUCAUUCACGUGGUGGUGGAGCGUUUAGCAAUCGAGUACGGUCUUAUGAUGAUCGUGAACAAUCUCAAUCAUUUCGUCGUGGUGGUGGUACACGCCAAACAACUGAAGCGUGGCGUCGAUCACGAGGUGAUGAUGAUGAAAAUCAUGAUCAAAAUGAAGAUUCAUCAACAUCUGCAAAUGCUUCUACUUCUUGGACAUCUCGUGGUGGACAAACAAGACGAGGAGGUGGUGGUAGUGGGCCAAUGGAACAUCGUACUAAGUCCAAUGAUAAAUGGAGUCAUACAGAUGAUCGGCCUGGUCCGUCAAAUAGCUAUGAGUCAAAUCAAACACGUGGAUGGCGAUCGAAUACAACAAUGUCUGAUCGUGAUCUUAAUUUACGUCGUCCACAAGCAAAACGAGAACGAAUGCCUGAAUGGAUGAAUGAUAAUAAUGAUAAUGAUAAUCAAUUGAAUAGUGCAACAUAUGAAACAGAUGAGCCAUUUACUGGUACAUCGUCAAAACAACAAAAUACUGAUAAUAAUGAACAACAACAAAAAGUUCAAACUACAACUGAUGAUACAUCAUCAAAUGUAAAUGCUCAAUCAUCAAAAUCGCAAGAUGAGAAUAAACGUGAAAAAUCACCAUCACCACAAAUAGAUGCAAGUUUUGUUAAUGUUCCAACAAAAUCGGAAAUUCUUGAACCUAAACCAAUACCUUCUGGCCAACAUACUCUUUCAACAUGGGAUGAUGAAUAUGAGCCGAGUGAUGUAGCAACAACUGUAGUUGAAUCAACCCUUGCUGAAGAUCAUGAUUAUUCUCCACCAACAUCUACUCAUACAACUCCUCAUCCUAUUUCAAUAGAACCAACUCCACCUGCUGUUGUACCAAUUAUUCCACAACAACGUGUACAACCACCUGUAAUUAUUGAUGAUAAACAAUGGUUUUAUAAAGAUCCACAAAAUACAGUACAAGGUCCAUUUUCAUCAGCUGAUAUGGACCGUUGGUUUACAGCUGGAUAUUUUACUAUACUUUUACCCGUUAAACGUUUGGGUGAAACACAAUUUUCAACUAUACAACAAUUAACAAAAGAAUUAGGUCGCUUACCAUUUCGUACUGAUUCAUCAACACUUUCACCACCUGUGCAACAACAGCCAAUUGUAUCUGAAGCACAAAAAUUUAAUUCUAUGAUGUAUGCAACAUCAUCAACAGCAAACAAUGCUUAUAUUGAUGAGUAUUUAAUGCAAAAACAACAACAGUCAAGACAAAAUCUUCAACAGUCAUUAUUUAAUAGACAAACAUCAAUGCCUUUACCAACAGUUGAUCGAAAACCAGUUACAUCUCCAACAAUAAUAAAUUCUCAAUUACAAGCAUAUUUUGCUUCUCAACAACAACAACAACAACAACAACAGCAGCAGCAACUAUCCCAAUCAUCUUCAUCUCUUUUUUCAUCAAAUUUAGUUAAUGAUCCUGCAAUAGUCUAUCAACAACAACCACAAUUACAACGAAGUAUAUCGGCAACAAAUCAACAACAACAACCAGUAUUCGAUGAACUACAUCAUCAUUCAUUUCGUCAAAUAUCAUCACAACCAAAUACCUCAUCAUCAUCAACAACAUCAUUUUUUGGUACAAAUGUACCGAUUUCACAAUCUCAAAAACCAGAUGAUAUAAUGACGCGUCUUGCGCAAGCAAUGCAAAAUCAUGGACAACAACAACAAGAAAAAGUUGAAGAACAACGUCGUAUUGAACAACAACGACGUGAACUUGAAUUAGAACGUUUAAAAUUAGCACAACAAGCAGAACAAUUACGUUUACAACGUGAAGAAGAAGAACGUCGUCAAUUAGAACAAAAACAAAAAUUUGAAGAAGAAUUACGUAAAAAAAAUGAAACAACUAUUAAUAAACAAAUUAUAUUUGAUCAAAUGAAAGAAAUGACUAAAACAAUGGACCAGAAAAAACAGCAACAGCAACAACAACAGCCAAUUAAAUCACAAUCAAAAGUUGAAAUUGAUCCAUUUUUAGCUUUUCAACAAUCACUUCAAUUUCAAAAAGAACAACAAGCUAAAAUUGAAGCACAAAAAGCAGAAAAUGUUCGACGCUAUCAACAAGUUCGAGAACAAGCUCAACCACAAGUUCGAGAACAAGUUCAACCACAACAACCAACAUUUAAAUUACCAGAAACAGCAAAUUGGGCUCGACAUCCAUCACAUAAUAAUGAUCAAAUUCAAACAUUAAAUUUUGCUGAAAUUCAAAAACAAGAACAAGAAGAAGAGAGACGUACCCGAGAAGCAGCUAUUGCUGCUCAGCAUAUUGCUAAAAAUGAAAGUUUAAAUACUCCAAAUUCACCAUCAUCAUCAAAUAAACCUGGUUCAUGGGCUCGAACAUUAUUUACUGGUAAUAAUAAUAAUAAUAAUAAUAAUAAUAUUUCAUCAGAUCAUGAAACCAACGAGAAUACAUUGCCUGAUUCACCAAUAACAUCAUACAAUCAACAAGCAACAAAUGCGGUACUUUCUCUUUUAAAUAUUCAUCCAAAAUCUCGAUCAACUGCAAAUCAACAAUCAGUACCAUGGAAUGCAGCCAACAAUGCACCGAAUACAUCACUUCAAGAUAUUCAACGACAACAACAACAACAGUCUCAAAAUGAAGCAAAACAACAAACUCAACAACAACAACAACAACAACAACAACAAACACUUUCAAGUUCUUCUGGUCAAUCAACACCAGCAUGGGGUGGUAUUUUUCAACAUUCUACACCAUCUUCAUCAUCAAUCUUUUGGGGAGAUAAUCAACAUAGUUCGUUAUCAACAAAACCUGCUGCAACUAGUAAUACUAAACCAUCAACACCAUGGACUGAAUUAAAAUCAGCUGCAGUACCAUCAUCAACAACAACAAAAAUAAAUCCAGUAAAUGUUGAAUUAUCAAAAAGUGAACGUGAAGCAAAGUAUUUAUUUACAACAACACGUACACAAGAUGCACUAUCAAAAUGGACACAAACACAAUUUAAAGAUAAUUUACAAGCUAUUGAUGUUCCAACACUUGUUCAAUUAUUGAAAGAUAUCGAUAGUUCGGAAGAAAUUGUCGAAUAUGUUCAACCAUAUAUAGGUUCGGUUAUAAAAGCUAAAGAAUUUGCUAAUGACUUUAUUGCAAAACGUAAACAAUUAGCAAAUGCUGAACCGGAAUUAGAUAAUGAACGUUUACAUGAAUUAGCUAUGGCACCAACAUCAUCGAAUACAAAUUCUGGUAAUGGUGGUGAUGAAGGUUUUCAAUUAGCAUCAAGUAAUGGACAAAAGAAAAAAGCUAAAAAAAUGAAAGGACAAAAGAUCGACGUCAAACAACUUGGUUUUAUGGUUAAUAAUCGACCAGAACAACGAGAUGACAUUGAUAAAGUACCCAUGUAA